GCAGCUGAGAGAGGAUGGCUGCCCGACUCUGAGCUGCUGCCUCUGCGCUCACGGAGGGAAAACUCCACGCACAUAGACAAGAGGAGGAGAAGGGGUAAAAGGAGAAGUUUUCCCAAAACCAGGAACUAGUUGUCAUACAUUUUUUCCCGGGAGGGUUUUAUUUUUUAUCGGAAACCAAAGGGGGGGAUUUUGGACCAUGCCUGCUGAAGUGAAACAGGAGCAGAGCCCCAGCAACGCCACAUCCCUGGCUAUGAUGCAGGAGCCACAGGAGGUGGUGGAGGAGACGGUCACCAUCGAGGAGGACCCCGGCACCCCCACCUCCCACGUCUCGGUGGUCACCUCUGAUGACGGCACUACGCGGCGCACAGAAACUAAGGAUGUCUCCUCUAACGUGAAGGUGACUAAGAUGGUGAAGACGGUGACCACGCGAACAGUGCGUCAGGUGCCCCUGGGCCCCGAUGGCUUGCCCCUGCCCGAGGGCUCGUCCCCCUUGGGCAGCUACACCGACUCCAUCGACCGGCGCUACAUGAAGAACGGAGGCGACCGCUUCAUCACGCCUCAAGCUUCCUCCACCCUGACGCGCUCCUACAACAACUCCUACAACGAUUCGUAUGGUGAGGCGCCUGAGAGCCAAUACAUCCGCCACUACGGCCUGCACGAUGGCUACGCCGAUUUGACAGAUAACUACGGUAGCCUUUCGCGUGGGGUCAACUUCCGGCCGCCUCGCUACCCCUACAUGCCCAACAGCUACCGGCCGGAGAACAGCUACACCCUGCCCAUUCGCAAGGAUGACUACGGCCACGUGGCCCAGCCCCAGGUGCCUAUGGGCAGCAGCACCGUGGAUCUGAACCGCUCCCAACCCGAACGCUUCCAGGCCGAGCCUUACGGACUGGAGGACGAUCGCCGCAGCCUGCCGCCUGAGGAGGAAGAGCCGUACGAGCUGGAGCCAGACUACUCCACCGCCAACCGGCGUGCAGGCACCCUGCAGGGGCCCAACCGGGGUCGCACCCACCGGGAACCUCUCCGUGAUGUGCCCCGAAUCAGAGGGUACCCAGACGAAGCCAUCGAGACGGAGCUGAUCGAUGAGCGCCACCCUUACAUCCACGGCAUGUAUUCAGCACCGCUUGCCCAGCCGGAGAGGGGGAGCAUGGCCAGCUUGGACCGCAUGGCAGGCCGACGUUCACCCUCUGUCGACAGCAUCCGUAAGGACCCGCGCUGGCGUGACCCAGACCUCCCAGAAGUCAUCGCCAUGUUGGGUCACCCCAUCGACCCGGUCAAGUCCAACGCCGCCGCCUACCUGCAGCACCUGUGCUACGAAAACGAUAAAAUCAAGAAGGAUGUGCGUCAGCUGAAGGGGAUUCCUGUUCUGGUGAGCCUUCUGGACCACCCCAAGUCUGAAGUCCACCGCAAGGCUUGUGGCGCCCUGCGCAACAUCUCCUACGGCAAGGACAAUGACAACAAGGUGGCCAUCAAGAUCUGCGACGGCAUCCCGGCCCUCGUCCGCCUGCUGAGGAAGACCAACGACAUGGAAGUUCGAGAGCUCAUCACCGGAACCUUGUGGAACCUGUCGUCCUACGAACCCCUGAAGAUGGUGAUCAUUAACCACGGCCUGCAGACCCUGACCAACGAGGUCAUCAUCCCCCACUCGGGCUGGGAGCACGAGCCCAACGAGGACUCCAAGCCGCGGGACGCCGAGUGGACCACCGUCUUCAAGAACACCUCCGGCUGCCUCAGAAAUGUGAGCUCAGACGGGGCCGAGGCUCGCCGCAGACUGAGGGAAUGCGAGGGAUUGGUGGACGCCCUGCUGCACGCUCUCCAAUCAGCCGUCGGGAAGAAAGACAUGGACAACAAGUCCGUGGAGAACUGCGUGUGCAUCAUGAGGAAUCUGUCCUACCACGUCCACAAAGAGGUGCCGGGGGCCGAGAGGUUCCAGGACCCCUCGACGCUGCAAGCCCCCGGCUCGGCGGGACCACAGAGGAAGAAAAAGGACGACGCCGGCUGCUUCGGAGGAAAGAAGGCUAAAGAGGAAUGGUUUAAUCAAGGCAGGAAAAACGGCGACAAUGACAAAAACUACGACACAAUCGAUCUGCCCAAGCGCUGUGAGCCGACCAAAGGCUUCGAGCUGCUGUAUCAGCCGGAAGUGGUGAGGCUGUACCUGUCUCUGCUGACGGAGAGCCAGAACUACAAUACCCUGGAGGCGGCUGCAGGGGCUCUGCAAAACCUCAGCGCUGGACAGUGGACCUGGUCCAACUACAUCCGAGCCACGGUGCGGAAGGAGAAAGGUCUUCCCAUCCUGGUGGAGCUGCUGCGCUCCGACUCAGACAAGGUGGUACGGGCGGUGUCCAUCGCGCUGCGCAACCUGUCCAUCGACCGCCGCAACAAGGACCUGAUCGGAAGUUAUGCCAUGCGGGACCUGGUGAGCAACCUGCCCUCGGGCCAGCAGCGGCCGGCUAAGAACCUGGAGGAGGACACGGUGGUGGCCAUCCUCAACACCAUCCACGAGAUCGUCACCGACAGCUCGGAGAACGCCCGCUCCCUCGCUCAGGCUCAGGCCAUCGAGAAGCUCGUCGCCAUCAACCGGACCAGCCAAUCGGCUCGCGAAACCAAGGCGGCGUCACACGUGCUGCAGACAGUCUGGAGCUACAAGGAGCUGAGGAACGCUUUGACCAAGGACGGCUGGAACAAAAGCCACUUCCAGCCCACGGUGACAGUCACCCCUAAAGCAACCAAGAACGGCAAGCCAGGCUACGAUGACACCACCCUCCCCCUGAUGGAGAAGAACCAAGAUGGUUACUCCACGAUUGACCAGAGGGACAAGGACUGCAAAUACAAGACGGUGGACGGCUCCGUGGAGCAGACAGAACGGGAGCCAUUAAAGAAUGACACAAAUAGGAAACACUAUAUCAGGAGUAACAGGCCUGCAGUCAGCCUGGUGGACGCUUGUGAUGUAAAGCCCCAGCCUGUUGACUCCUGGGUCUAAAUGCAUGCAUGGCUUAAAAUAAGGACGGUGCAACACCCAGCUAGAAGAGAUCUCUCUCAUCACCACUGCCAUUUCACAUGGAGCUCAUCUUUGGAGUUGGACUUUGUACAGUAAAAGAGGAUUUAAAAAAAUAAAUAAUGACCACAACAGCAACUACCCAGCAGCAGCAGCAGCCAGCACUCUCAUGCUUUUCAGAAAAACAGCGAAAAAAAAAAGAAUAAAAAGUGACUACUGCUACUUCUUUCUCAUAUCUACAUUCCCACUGGAAACCAUGUGAACUUUACAGUGUUGACUCUUGUUGAGCUCUACCGGGGACACGAGAUGGAUAGAGGCCGGUGCUGGUGGAGGAACGAAGGAUCGAUGGAAAGGAAAAAGAACGUGUGGAAGGAAGGAGGGAGAAGAAACGUGAAAUGAAUGUUUUUUGGAAGAAAAAGAAGCCUCAAUUUGAUGUGUUUUUGGACUUUCAGUUCAAGCUUUGGUUUUGGGAUGUGAAGAGGAAUGGACGGGUGUGUUUGAGGGUAACAGGAUGUUGGUUUUAAGGCAAAGUAAAAGGAGAGCCAGAGAAGAGUUAGGGGAUAAACAUGUUCACACAGACUUACAAUCCAUUGGUGUUUAUUUAAAAGAGCACUGAGAUGCUCUGAAUCAAAAGAGGAUAACAGUGAUGCUCAUUUAUGAAGUGAAGAGUCUGCAAGUCUGGAGAAAGGAAAGUGACAGAGUGUAUUUUUCAGAUGGAGGAACGGUUUCUGCUCACACUGCAUCGCAAAAGUCAGAUUAAAAAGGAAGCAACAACAAUGUGGUUACUUGGGUAAUCCUGGUGAGUUUCCUGGUUGGUCGCUCGUUGUCAAAGAUGUGUAUUAAAGAGGAUAUAAGGCAUUUUGUUUAUAAAUGAUUUGUGUUUUUCUGGAAAAGAGAGGCGAGUGACGAUUGUUCUCUUGUAGAAAGGAUAGAUUCAAAGGCGUUUCUCUUUUUUUUCGGUUGGGUUUUAUAUAAAUGUAUAUUAGGGUCAAAAGGAAAAAUGAAGGAGUAAAAAAAAUCUUAAUAGUAUAUUAAUAUCACAUUGUUUGGAAAGCACAUCUCAUUUGGUAAAGCUUCACCAUGUUUGUAAACCACAAAUAACCAACGUAACUUAAAUGUGUGUCGAAUAUUGUCGAGUUACGCCGAUGAUCACCUAUUUAUAUUUUGUAUUUGUCAAAAAAAAACAGUGAACAGUGUUCUUUCUAAAGGCGAUGAAUUACACGUCCCCUGCAUCUUCAAACCCAGGGGGUCAGAGGUCAGACAAGGAGACAGACGAGAGUGUUAAUAAGAGUUAUUUCAUUUUUUCUCCCCGAUGCAUUCAGACCAAGUUACCGCAAAACCCUUAACCCUACUUCACCGGUGCAUCUAAAAGAGAAAUAUUCAGUCGUGAGCAUGAAGAAAAACUGUACAGAUGUUUAUAUUCUAUUCUUUCAAAGUGCCAGUUUUUUGUGGAGUCAUUUGGAUAUUAACUAAUUCAUUCACGUGCAAGGCGAGAGCAAAGGAGGAGUGUUUCUGGAAGGCAAAAUAUAAACAAAUGACAUCACACUGUACAAAUUAAAACAUCACGUUCGGUCAUAUAGUAUAUAUUUUUACAAUGUUUAAGGGUGGGUUAGUGCGAUGAAGCAAAGCUGAGAGACACAGAAUCAUAUUGCCAUUUUUCUCUUGCUCGGUGAGACUGAAUCCAGUGAAAAUGUGUACAGUCUGUUUUCCAGGUAGAGAAUCCACUCAUCAAGGCGAAUGGCAUGUGCCUGCAUUGACUUUCUUUGUGGCGUAUGUGACUUUAUAAAGCUUGCAUAUUUUACACCGUGUUUACAAAGAUGUAUGUUGUGGUAAAAAUCAAUAAACUACAAAAAAACGUACUGUAUACAAUUUAAUUUCACAGGUUGAAAAAGAAAAGAAAAAUAAUACCCAGCAUCCCUUUUGUGUGUCCUCAGAAGUGUGUGCUUUCAUUGGACAAUACUGAACCCUUUGCCACAUUAUGACUUGUCUGUUCCUGACUGCACUUUGCAGUACCACAACCAAAGGAUCCGGAGUUGUAUUUACAUGCAUUUAUAAAAAAUAAAAAAGGGGGGGUUUUGGUUUUGUGGAUGUGCAUUGUACAUUGACAAAAUAAAGAGCCAAGCAACUGUGCUGUAAAAUAAAUGAAGGACAGGGUCACGCGUCGAAUCAAACGAACCUACCUGUGUGGAUAUCUCUGAUUCAAGACCGUCAAAAUAAAGUACUACUCAGUAGCAGAUGUGUUUGUACCUAUCAUGUGCCUUAACCUUUUCCAUGCUAGAUAAAGAUAAGUGUGUUUUAUAUUCCUCCCUUUCCACUGUCCUCUCUCCAUUCUCCCCCCUCUCUCCCUUUUUCCUCAGAUUGACUCAUUCAUUCAUCCCUCCCCCUCCCCCAGACCCCGAGUAGUGUAGACUGUUGAUGGUUUUCUGCCUUGUGUAACAUUGUAUUAUAAACUUUUAAAAAGAUAGAGUCAUUACAAAUAAUGGUUUUGAAUUCCUAGAGGAGUAAAGUUGUCGAUGCUUUCGUAGCGGGCAGAAGCGAUGCCACAGUGACAGAAUGUAUUAUGUUAAUUUUACUAAUACCCAGAGGCAAAUAUUACGCUUGUUAAACAUAACGGAAAAAUACUGGUUUGUAGAGUAUAAAUUUGGUGUGUUUUCAAUAAAUCAUGCCUGGAAAGAA